CAAAGGGGGCAAGGGAUAUAUAAUUAUCUAAGGGGGUAGCAUGAUAGGAGAGAACAAAUUCCAUCUUCAUCAACUACUGCUUUACAAUAUACGCUUUUUUUUUUUUUUUUUUACUCGUGUGUGUUUCCCAAGAGAUAACAUUAGUUGCAAUCCCUCGCGAUGCCGACCCUCCUCCUCCCCACCGCCACGCUUCUCCAGGCCGCGACGACAGUCACGUCCGCCCUCCCGACCUGCACCACCGCCAUACCAGACAAGAACGGCCACGUCCCUCCCGAUGCCUGCAACGCCAACUACGGCUUCUACCCCAGCUGGGAGGAUAACCUUGCCUUUGCGCUCGCCUUCGGGAUAACCACGGUUCUGCACCUCGCCCAGGCGGUAGUGUUCAAGAAGCCAUUCUGCUGGGUCGUCGUCAUGAGCGCCCUCUGGGAGUGCGCCUGCUUCGCGCUCCGCACCCUCGGCGCAAAGGACCAGCAGCAGUCCAUGUACGUCACCAUCUCGACGCUCCUGUUUCUCCUCGCCCCUCUGUGGCUCAACGCCUUCAUCUACAUGGUCCUAGCCCGCCUAGUCCACCUCCUGCACCCGCGCCAGCGCGCCCUGGGCAUCCCCGCGCCGCGCCUGGCCAAGGGCUUCGUGCUCGCCGACGUGGUGUCGUUCGCGGUGCAGGCCGCGGGGGGCGCCAUGAUGGCGAACCAGGACGGCGGCGCCGACAAGGUGCGCCUCGGCCAGCACGUGUACAUGGCCGGCGUGGGCGUGCAGCUGGCGUUCGUGCUGGUGUUCGUCGUCGUCGCCGUGGCGUUCCAUCGGGAUCUGAUGCGGUUGCGGAGGAGCGGGAAGGUGGAGGGCCCCGGUGGGGGGCGGAUGAAUCGGUGGGUGAGGCCGCUUAUUUGGGUUGUUUAUGUGGUGCUGGGGCUUAUUGUGAUACGGAUCAUCUUCCGCCUCGUCGAGUUCAGCCAGGGAGUCGCGUCGACGAAUCCGAUCCUGCAGCACGAGGGGUUCCAGCUCUACCUCGACGCCCUGCCCAUGCUCCUCGCCCUCGUCCUCCUCAACUUUGUGCACCCGGGCGUAGUCCUCAAGGGCCCGGAGAGCAGUCUCCCGUCGAGCGGGUUCCGCUGGGGCCGAUCGGCUGCGUUCGAACCACUCGCCACCGCAGGGGCAUCGAGUGUCGAGCUGGUCGACCGACGACGGUUUUGAUGAGAAACGGAUUCUACAUCUAUACAAGAGCAUAGAAUGUCGCACAUCAUUGGGAUGGGAAGUGGGGUGUCAUUAAUUUGUCGUGUUUCUUUUGUUUUAGGGCAGGGCCCGAGCUGCAUCCUGUUGGUAUAAACCUGGGAGAUGGUUGGUAUGUUUUGGUUGCUUUCAGUGAUGGUUGGCUUACGAUUGGCUUAUGGUCUCGUUUUGUAUUUUAUUAUUAG